GUAUCGAUAAGUUUAAUGUCAUAUCAAGAAUUCACUUUUUUUUUUCUAUUGUUUUUCAUUUUAGCUGAGGAGGAGUCUGUUGGUUGGGGUCCUGUUUUGGCAUCGCUGCAGGUGCCUGAGCUCACGGUGGAUGAAUUCCUCUCUGAGAGUCAAUCAGGUUGCAGCUUCCUGACGCUGUAUGCCUUCAUCCUGCAGCGCCUCAACACUGAAGACACAUCAGCCAAUGAGAGGAGGACUCUGGCUCUAAUUAACACAUGGACCAGUCAGGUCUUCCCAAGUGGUCCAGGCGAUGAAGCCAAGCUGUUUCUUUGGUGGCACAAAGCGCUAAAUCUGGCAGCGGAGCAGCUGCAGCCGCAGGCAGGCCAGACUGAAGUGUCAGGAGUUGUCAUGGGUCUGUUGAGGUUGCAAACCAGGCUGCUUCAGCUGGGAGAAGAAAGACUGAACUCUGGGCUGUUAGGAGCUAUAGGCCUGGGGAAGAGGUCUCCUGUUUCUAAUAGGUUCAGGGUUGUGGUACGCAGUCUGGCAGCAUUCUUGUCAGUCCAGGUCCCAUCAGAGGCCGAGCUUCGACUCCAACCCACCAGUGACUUGCAGAUCUCUGCCAAAGCACAGCAAACGUUGGGGAUGCUGGAGGCCAUGCCCAGCAACAAGCAGUAUGCGGAGUUAGAGGACUCUGUGAAUAAAGCUGUCCAGUUCAUCCGCUACCCAGGACACUCUCUCAGAGACGGACCCCGACUGCUGGCCCUGCUAGCCAACCUCCUCUACCCUGACCUCAGAUACCUACACAUUAUCCACUAACCAGCACAUGACACUCGUGCUGGAGAUUCGGGAGGACAUUAGUCUUUUGUGGCAAACAGAGUGACAGUAAACCUCUGUUCUGCACAAAGAAAAUAUUUCUGGAGCACAUUCUCAAGUAAUGCCACUGGUACUGAAUCCGUGCUUUUAUAUCAGCGAGGGCUUUGACUGGAACUGACUGCUCAUCAGAGCUCGCUGUGCAUUUGUGAAAAAUACCUUUCAAUUGGCUAUGUUCAAUGAAGAGUCCUAAAACAAGUCAGAUGGAUAAGAAAUGUUACAUGCUAACCUCUGAUCUUUACUUGCACUUUGCUGUCUUCUCUCAUGUUAUGCCUUGUUGCUUUUUAUAUAACUUGCCUGUUGGUUUUAAACACAUCUGUUCUAUUCUUGAUUUGAGAGGACGUUGCACAUAUUUAUUGAAGCAGAAUUAAACAGUGGGCUUUAGGUGUGACUUUAACCUGUAUGUGGAAUCUAAUGAAGGGUCCACAGAUUAUUGGGAGGAUGUUCAAGGACAGAUCUAAUAUGUUUAGUAGUACCUUCUCAAAAUGGGGUGGAGAACAUACCAGGAAAGCUGGUAGACAGGGUUCAAUGCUUGAUACAAAUCCUUAAAUCAGCGUUUGAUGCUAGCAUCUAGCUACAAUCUAAAAAUAGUAACUACUCUACUCAUUCAGUUGAAUACAGUGGCCGCCUGUGUAAAGUGAUUAUGUUUAUUAACAACAUUUGCCAGCUUCAUUUUUACAUCCAGCCAAAAGUGCUUUCCUUGUUUCUGCCAAAGAGAUGUUAUUUUUGUUUGCUAAGCUUCUUAAAUCUUCUUGACCAUGUACUCUGGUUCUUUCAUCUGUUUCUGAAAAGGACACGUACUAGAGGACACACUGAGUACCACUUACAUUGUCCCACUCCAUUUGGCUUCCUUAUAAAGUAUUGUGCACUGUAAUAUGAGUAGGGGCGUCAUAUUGUUGGACUUCUAUACACAAAUGGUGGUACAAAUUGGUGAUUUUAGGACAAAGGUAGAUUGUAAUUCAAAUUUACCAGACCUCCAGACUGUACGGUACAUCCAAGACAGUUUUCACAUUGUAAUUACCCGUUUCUGCUCACCACUUCUGUUGCUCUGUGCCAUCUCAAUAAUAAUCGUGCUGCACUUCUGCAGCCUGGAGCUUCCCUUAUUGCCUGUGUUCUGUGGCGACUGUUAAUGUCAAAAGCAUUUUUUUUUUUUUAUGAGUCAGUGAUCAGGAAUGGGUCUGGAGGGCUGCUGGAGGAGGGAGCUACAGAGCUGGGCUGCACAAAGGAGACAAGACUAUGUUCAAUAAAGGAAUCUGAAAGUC